AUGGAUCGCCUCGACUUAGCUCAUGCCAUGAUCGUUAAAACCAUUGGCAACAGACUGUAUCUUGCGCCACUGCAAAAGGAGAGGAUACACAAGAUGCUCGACAUCGGCACAGGCACGGGAAUCUGUCACUGGAAACGAUCUGAGUCCGAUUCAGCCAGAAUGGAGUGCAGGGUUCCCCCGAACGUGAAGUUUGAGGUAGACGACGUGGAAAGUGAUUGGGUUGCGAACAGGAAGUACGAUUUCAUCAUGUGUCGGUAUAUGGCUGCGUCCAUCGCGGAUUGGCCCAAGUUGGUGAAGAAUAUCUACGAGUACGUCAAGUCUCAAUAUUAUUAG